AUGCCGUUCAUUAACUGGCUUCCCCAAUUCUUGAGGCCUUGGCCUCACCCAGCGCUACCUGGAAUGCGCCUUGCACCAGAGUCCAGCUGUGACAAUCCACUUAUGAUACAAUGUUUCACGUGGGAUGCUAAGUUUGAAGGGAAAAGCUGGUGGAAACACUUGGACGACGAAAUACCUCGUCUGAAGGAGCUCGGCGUCACUCAGCUCUGGCUACCACCGGCACAUAAAGCUAUGCGGCCGGAGGGGCAGGGAUACGAUGCAUAUGAUUUGUGGGAUCUCGGCGAGUUCGACCAGAAAGGUGCUAUCGCCACGAGGUGGGGCACGAAGGAUGAGCUCCUCCAGCUUUCGGCUACCGCAAAGCUCGCUGGGAUCGAUCUCAUACUUGAUGCGAUCUUGAACCACAAGUUGGGAGCAGAUCGGUGCGAACCGUGCUUGGCAGUCCCUGUAGACCCUAAGAAUCGCAUGCGAGACCUUGCACCUCCACGCGAAAUCGAGGCAUGGACUAUUUAUGAGUUUCCUGGGCGUGGAAAUCAGUACAGCGCGAUGAAAUGGAAUCACGCACAUUUCACUGGCGUAGACUGGGAUCAACGUACCAAGACGGGUGGCGUAUACCGGCUCGUCAGCGAUCGUCAUAAAGGAUGGUCGAGGAACGUCGACAACGAACUUGGCAACUAUGACUAUCUGCUGGGCUCUGACAUCGAUCACCGGCACUCAGAGGUAAUCCAGGAUCAAGAGGCGUGGGGCCGCUGGGUUCUCGAGACCACUGGCGCGCAAGGUUUUAGGCUUGACGCAAUUAAACAUAUGGACAGGGUGUUCUUGAGAAACUUCCUCAGUCGCACCCGAGACGCGAGUGGGAAAUCCCGGAUGUUCGCCGUCGCCGAAUACUGGUCUGCUAAUCUCAAACUUAUUUUGCCGUACGUCCGCGCAUUCGGAGGAUUGACUUCGUUCUUCGACGUGCCUUUGCACGACAACUUCCAUCAGGCCAGCAAGAGGGGUCCAUCGUACGAUCUGCGCAGAAUCUUCGACAAGACCCUCGUUAAAGCUAGACCGGGAGACGCCGUCACGUUCGUGGACAACCAUGACACUCAAAUAGGACAAAGCCUCGAGAGCUGGGUUGGUUCGAACUUCAAGCUCCAGGCCUACGCCCUCAUAUUGCUGAGAGCCGAAGGUCAUCCAUGCGUCUUUUACGGAGACUUGUACCCCAACAAGGAGUGUUAUGACCCGGAAGUCGCCCAGCCGUUAGACACGCUCAUCCGAGCGAGGAAGUUGUAUGCGUACGGCCCCACGCGCGACUUCUUCGACAGUCCGAACUGCAUUGGUUGGGUCCGCGUGGGCGACUCCACCCGCCAAGGGAGCGGCUGCAUGGUCGUCGUUAGCAAUGCUCCCCCAAGAUCGCAGCCACAAAUUCUGCGUAUGAAUGUGGGUGAUACGGCUGGCGCAGGACCGCAGCGCACAUACCGGGCACUGCUAGGAUCCGAGAUCCCGGUCGUUACGGUGGGCGCCGAUGGAUGGGCAGCGUUCUCGUGCCCCCCCGGAGGCGUUCAGGUGUGGGUUCCUGAAGGAUAGACUUCCAGGGAUUGUGCGACGAUCGGAGUUGCCAUAUGCGAACAUCGGGCCAGAAAUUGCGGGACACGGUCUACAACGAUACAGUGUUUGCUUGAUAUGAUUGAAGGUGUAUAUAAUGAUACAUACUUUUGCACAAAUCGUAAAAGUCCCAAUGUGGAUAGACAGGCAUUACAUCAGAAUAUCGUUGGACGAGAGAACGUCGUCCAAAUCACCGGCAGUUGUUUAUGCUACUCGCACGCUAUAGCGCACGUCCGACCACAGGGCUGGAAGGGCCCGCAUCCGUAACGGAGUCGUCGUACUCACUGCUAUCGCUCCCGUUUUUGCGCUUCAUCCCGUACAGCUCGCCGUGAGAAUCGUCGGACUUCUCAACCGAGACAGAUAUCUGAAGUCCGUUCGGCGCAGUAUAGAUACCGCUGAGCACGCGUUGAUCCAUCUGCAUCGUCGCCGCGUCGCCACCUUGCUGCGUGAGCUCCAGCGCGGGACGGUUCCCGUCGAAGAGUGCGGCCGUUUCCUCCAAAGUACGGCCCUUCGUCUCAACGAUGAACUUCAUGACGAAAGCAAGUUCGAACGCUAGCCACGCGCAGUAUACGAGGUAGUACUUCCAUCCCAUGGCGUCGAGAGCCCAGGGAUUUAUGAACUGGUUGAACGCGAUUGUUAAACCGACCGUCAUGUUCAUGAUCGCGAAACCUUUCGCUCGGAUAUGGAACGGGAGGAUUUCCAAGGUAUAUGCGACGAGCAUCGGAGUGUAUGCCAGAUCGUACAUGAGGAAGAACAAGAAGAUGAGUGGAACGGUUGCUUUCGCAGCCGCGGUAUUGCCGGUGGUACUGAAGAGUGCCGUGGUAAGUGUCCACAUUGCGAAGACGACUGCCAUGCCGGCAGUAGAGAUGAUGAAUAAGGUUCUCCGACCAAGACGGUCGACGAGCAAGGCACCGGUCAUGGCGCAUGCCAGGUUCCAGGCCUGAAGACCGCCAUUGAUUUCGGCUUUACGGCGGGUAUCAAUGAUACCAACACCUUCCAAAACAAGGUUGAUAUAGUAAGAGACCAGACCGUUGCCACUCCACUGGGAGAACAACGCGAUGGCGAUAAUGAUCAUCAUGCGUUUCCGGUUUCCCGGCGUCGCCCAUAGGGUGGAGAAGCUGGUGCUUUGCGAGUACUCCUUUUCCGUCCUAAGCGCAUGUCGGAUCUGGGCCAGCUCGAAGACAACCAAGGGAUCGCGCUCAUCCCGGCUGCUAGCAUGAUAGCGCGCGAGAACAGCCGCCGCUUUCGACUCCAUUCCCUGUGCUACAAGCCACCGCGGGCUUUCGGGGAUGAACCAUAUGAGGAGAAUCUGAAAGACCGGAACAAGCCCUUGAAUGAGUGUGGGGAUCCUCCAGGUCCAUGUAGACCCUGCGACUCUGUCGUAGGAGGCGAAACACGCCCAAGCGGAGAUGAUACUGCCUAUGUACCAGGAUGCGUUGUAUCCCGCGGAGAGUUUACCGCGCUGUGUAGGGUACGCCAGCUCGGUGAUGAGAAGUGGAGACGCGCUCAAUGCCAGAGCCAGCCCAAAGCCGAUCAAGACGCGGGCUCCGGUGAACAUCGCUACGGAUGUGGAGGUCGUUUGUGUUAUAGUACCGGCGAGCAUGACUAUCGACCCCAUGAACAGAGUGGCACGACGACCAAGGUGGUCGUUGGCGAACGGCGUCAGCGGAUAACCCAUCAGGGCCCCAAUAUUCUGAGCCGAGUUUAUCAAACCUAAAGCCUUUCCCUCUGGAUGAUGAAAGUAUUCCUGCCAAUCUGGUAAUAUUUGGAGACCAUUGACCAAGGACGAGUCCAGACCAUUCAUCCAUGCCGUCAAUAACGGCAACAGAAGAGACAAGUUCAAGAUCAGGAUCCCGCUAUGGCGCCAGAAGGGACCGGUGUGAAUGAAGUCAACCACAGUCCAGUCUGGUCGGUCGGAAGGCAUGGCGGUCGUCCAGAACUGUCACUAGACUGUCCCCGACAGUGAUAGGGAGUAUAGGAAGGAGCGGAUGCGGAUAUCGGGGAACUUCUCGUAGUAGGCACGCGUAGAGCUAUAUACCGACCUCCCUCCGCACAGAGGGUUCCUCUGGCCAUUGGUCAGUCGAUCCGAAAAGGC